GAAACGCCUAUAUAAGAGGACCUCCCCCUACCACUAUCACCACAGAACAGAGCUACUCAGUAAGACUCAUCUUCUGUUAACAUAAACGAAACCGAUGUGGUGAGGGUAGAUCGAUGGCGGCUGCACAGCUGAAAACUGAUCGUGAACAAGGAGUGUUUUCUCGGGUAGACGACGACAUUUUGCAGAACAUUCUGGGGAGGCUACCGGGGGUUGCUUUCGCGGCAGCCGCCUGCGUCAACACAACUUGGAACAAGAACUGCAGUCACAUGCUCUCUCGCCCCAAAUUUGCUUCUGCCCUUUCUCUCAACCCCGACCUGCACAAUGCGAUUGAUGAAGUUCUUGCCGAGAUUUUCUCUAAGCCGAUUCGACCGGACUUCGUUGUCGCAUAUAUUGGAACAAAUUUCAGCUUGGAAGAAACUCACCAACUUAUUACUGAGAAGAUAGGCUCUGGAAUUCCGAUCAUUACAAACAGAGCCAUGGGACUAAUCGGCACUGAUGUCGAAACUCGUAAUCUCCGCGAGGUGAACUGCGCUCAUGGUAACUCUGCAAGGAACCCGGAAAUCAAUGGAGGCCUCGUCGUUUCCGUUGGAUUUGUGCCUGGCUUGAAAGUUGAAAUAUUCCCCCUACCGAGUCCAAGACAUGCACCGCACUUGCUUAUGAUGGAGCAUUUUGUGAGAGACAUUCUGAGCUAUUCGGGUCCUCUUCCGCCUUCAUGCAUGAUGAUGUUCGGGGAUAAACAUUUUGACAUGAACCUGGUUGUCGCAGCGCUCGAUGCUAUUAUGCCUGACAAGACAGCCAUCGUCGGUGAUGCAAGUGCCUCCUUUAUGUACACUCGGAGAAAUGAAACCGGAAAUUACAGUAGCGAUUUGUUCUACAGUGCCGGUGCAGCGCUCGUUUUUGUCAAGGAUCAACACAAACCUGAUUACAUGGGGGAAAUUGAGUUCCAUGUCACAUUGUCGCCGGGUUUGAUGCCAUUCGGUCCUCAAAUCAAGACAAUAUCAUCUUAUGAGACGCCUACUCAUAGUUCAUGGAUUUCCGCUGUAAUGUCAGAAUUCGAAGGUGUCUUCAUUGAUUCCCACACCAUUCUAAGGGAGCUCCAAAGCCAGGUGAGUCGACAUGAAUACCUAGACUGUUACAUUGUCAAACUGUCAAUCUACCACAAAAAAAAAAUGAAAAACAGAAAAAAAGUCUAG